AGCUAACACAGCAGGACAGUGAACCUUUGGAGUUUGAUAUGAUGAGAUCACACACACACACGGCCCUCAGAAUGAGGUGGCUCUGAUCGGUGGAGGAGGUGAUCUCCCUGGAAUUGCUCAGUGAGCGACGUUAAUUUCCCUGAUUCACGCACCGCUGUCAAUCACACCUAAUGGAACCCAAUCAAAAAGCAGGAGGGGAUGUGCAGGCGCAGAGGGAGGCGGGACUUCGGGCGCUGACAGAGCGCACUGGCUAUCAGCUGCAGCAGGUGUGUUUAAUAAUUUUGUGCAAGACGCCACGCUCUGUUUGUUCAGACGUGAUCAAUCUUAGAAACCUUCACGUGACACAUCAGAAACCUCAUCAUUCAUGUUGGGGAUUGGGGGUCCAACAGGAGAAUGGGCAGCGGCGCUACGGUGGCCCACCGCCCGGCUGGGAUGGGCCCCCUCCGGAGAGAGGCAGCGAGAUCUUUGUGGGAAAACUUCCCAGGGACCUUUUCGAGGAUGAGCUUGUGCCACUGUGUGAGAAGUUUGGGACCAUCUAUGAGGUGAGAAUGAUGAUGGACUUUAAUGGAAACAACCGAGGAUUCGCCUUCGUCACAUUCAGCAACAAACAGGAAGCUCGAGCUGCAGUGAGGCAACUCAACAACCACGAGAUCAGGACUGGACGUCUUCUGGGUGUGUGUGCGAGUGUGGACAACUGCCGUCUGUUUGUCGGUGGAAUUCCAAAGUCCAAGACUCGGGAAGAAAUCCGUAGCGAGAUGACAAAGGUGACAGAAGGUGUUGUAGACGUCAUUGUGUACCCCAGUGCCGCGGACAAGUCAAAGAAUCGUGGCUUUGCCUUUGUCGAGUAUGAGAGCCAUCGUACGGCUGCCAUGGCCCGAAGGAAGCUGCUGCCAGGUCGUAUUCAGCUCUGGGGUCAUACCAUCGCUGUGGACUGGGCAGAGCCUGAGGUUGAAGUGGACGAGGACACAAUGGCGACAGUCAAGAUUCUUUAUGUCAGAAACCUGAUGCUCCAGACAACCGAAGAAACAAUUGAGAAAGAAUUCAGCAUCAGACCAGGGUCCGUAGAGAGGGUGAAGAAGAUUCGGGACUACGCUUUCGUCCACUUCAGUCAGAGAGAGGAUGCCUUAAAUGCGAUGAAGGCUCUAAACGGGAAGAUAAUUGACGGAUCACCCAUUGAGGUCACACUCGCCAAACCUGUGGACAAGGACAGUUAUGUCCGUUACACACGCGGCACAGGUGGACGGGGAAGCUCACUGAUGCAGGCCGACUACACAGCCUACACCCUGAGCCAGGUGUAUGAUCCUGCAACAGCAUACCUUGGUGCACCGGUAUUUUAUGCCCCACAGGCAUAUGCAACUGUUCCUAGUCAAUUCCGCUUCCCCACGGCAAAAGGUCAUAUGGGGGGGCGGGGUCUGAUCAGAACACCAUCAGUUAGAGACAUUUACAUGACUGUACCUGUAGGGGCAGCGGGGGUGCGGGGUCUGGGGGGACGGGGUUACCUGGCAUAUGCUGCUGGAGGUGGAGCUAUGAACCGAGCCAUAGGCGGUGUUGGAGGUGCAGUGUCCUACGGUACCAAGGGAGACAAGCAGCUGGAUGAGAAGCUGUACGACCUCCUCCCUGGCAUGGAGCUGACGCCCAUGAGCCUGAAGACCACUGGAGGGAAACCAGCAACCCAGGUUCUGGAGGAGGUCUGUCAAAAGAACAGCUGGGGACAGCCAGUCUAUCAGCUACACUCUGCCAUCGGGCCAGACCAGAGACAAUUGUUCCUAUACAAGAUCACAAUCCCUGCCUUGACAUCCCAGAAUCCAAAUGUACAUCCCUUCACCCCAGCUAAACUCUGUACAGCCGUAGAAGAGGCUAAGGUACACGCUGCUGAGCACGCACUGCAGACCCUCGGCCUACAGACAGAGGGCGCCACUGCAGAAGCCGCGUGUGCUCCAGGAGCCGCGGUGGCCUCAGUGGCCUUCCCAGGCUACGCCCUGGCAAGCAACGCAGCAGUGGCGACCCUGAAGCCGACGGUGUCUCUGGGGCAGGACCUGGCUGCUUUCACUACCUACGACGGUUAUCCCGCCUUCGCUGUGACGACUCGCCAUGCUGACGGAUAUGGUGUCUUCUAAUCCACUGAGACAGCAAACGUUUGAAGCAAAGAUCAAAAAGAGUCGAAGAGUGGGGAACCAUCCCACCUCCUGGAUCUAAGCCCCGUCCCCUCCAGUUUCAUUUCAUGUAAAUGAAUAAACAUUCAAAUGUUUUUUGCUUUUA